AUGGGAGAUGAGGAGCCACCCCUGCAGAGAGCAACCGGGGUGAUGCGUCCACCACGGCCACCCUCCCUUCCACCUCCUGGCCAGGGACUGCAGCUGCGCCAGGCUUCUUGCAGCCCUAAGAAACGUCUCCCUUUUAUACAGAUGGGGAAACGGAGGCAGGGGGCAGGCCGCCCAGCCCAGCGCCCAGAGCCCAGCCCUCCAGAGCCAGAGCCCCAGGCCCCUGAAAGGUCCCAGGCUGGAGCGGAGGGUCCCCCGAGCCCUGAGGAGUCAAGGAGCCCUGCGAGGGGUGCCUAUCUGCAAAGCCUGGAACCCAGCAGCCGCCGAUGGGUGCUGAGCGGGGCCAAGCCACCUGAGGAAGCCCCUUUGGGACCAGGGACAUCUAGCAGUGGUGAGCCGGCCGGGGAGAUCUGGUACAACCCCAUCCCGGAGGAAGACCCCAGACUCCCAGCACCUGAGCCCUCGGGGCUGCAGCCAGUCUCUGCAGAGCCAGAGAACUCAGCCCCCCAAGGUGCAGCUCCCUCCAGCCCCCCGACCAAAACCUCCCGCACCAAGUCCCCAGGCCCCGCCAGACGCCUCUCCAUGAAGAUGAAGAAGCUGCCGGAACUGCGGCGUCGCCUGAGCCUGCGAGGGCCCCGGGCUGGCCGGGAGCGGGAGAGGGCUGCCCCGGCGGGCUCUGUCAUCAGUCGUUACCAUCUGGACAGUAGCGUGGGGGCCCCGGGGCGGGCAGCGGUGUCCGGGGGCGCUCGGAACCCAAGGGCUGGGUACCUCAGUGACGGUGACUCUCCUGAGCGCCCAGGGGGACCCCCGUCGCCCACCGCCUUCCAGCCCUACGAGGUGGGCCCAGCAGCCCGGGCAUCCCCAGCUGCACUCUGGGGCCGCCUCAGCCUGCACUUAUAUGGACUGGGGGGGCUGCGGCCAGCGCCCGGGGCCAGCCCGAGAGACCUCUGCUGUUUGCUGCAAGUGGAUGGAGUGGCCCGGGCGCGGACAGGGCCACUCCGAGGGGGACCGGACUUCCUGCGGCUAGAUCACACCUUCCAUCUGGAGCUGGAGAACGCGCAGGUCCUGCGGGCCCUGGUGCUAGCGUGGGAUCCUGGCGUGAGGCGGCACCGGCCGUGCGCUCAGGGCUCGGUGCUGCUCCCCACCGUCUUCCGAGGGUGUCAGGCCCAGCAGCUGGCGGUGCGUCUUGAGCCCCAGGGGCUGCUCUAUGCCAAGCUGACGCUGUCUGAGCAGCACGAAGCACCUGCCACCGCGGAGCCCCGCGUCUUCGGGCUGCCCUUGACGCUGCUGGUGGAGCGGGAGCGGUCCCCCGGGCAGGUGCCUCUCAUCAUCCAGAAGUGCGUUGGGCAGAUCGAGCGCCGAGGGCUGCGGGUAGUGGGACUGUACCGACUGUGCGGCUCCGCGGCCGUGAAGAAAGAACUUCGAGAUGCCUUUGAGCGGGACAGCGCGGCCGUCUGCCUCUCUGAGGACCUGUACCCCGAUGUCAAUGUCAUCACUGGUAUCCUCAAGGAUUACCUUCGAGAGCUGCCUACCCCACUCAUCACCCAACCGCUCUAUCAGGUGGUGCUGGAGGCCAUGGCCCGUGGACCCCCCAGCAAGGCUCCCCCCAACCCUGAGGGCACCCGAGGGCUCCUCAACUGCCUAAGAGCCACGCUGACACUUCUCCUGGACCACCUGCGCCUCGUCUCCUCAUAUCACGCCCACAACCGCAUGACCCCGCAGAAUCUGGCCGUGUGCUUCGGGCCGGUGCUGCUGCCAGCACGCCAGGCGUCCACCAGGCCCCGCAUCCGCAGCUCCGGCCCAGGGCUCGCCAGUGCCGUGGACUUCAAACGCCACAUCGAGGUGCUGCACUACCUGUUGCAAUCUUGGCCAGAUCCACGCCGGCCCCCAGAGGCUCCAGAUUUGGCUCCGUACUUGCGGCCCAAGCGACAGCCUUCACUGCACUUGCCGUUAGGGAGCCCCGAAGUGGUGACUCGGCCCCGCGGCAGGGGAGGUCCCGAGAGCCCCCCAAGCAACCGCUACGCUGGCGACUGGAGCGUUUGUGGGCGGGACUUCCUGCCGUGUGGGCGGGACUUCCUGUCCGGACCUGACUACGACCAUGUGACGGGUAGCGAUAGCGAGGACGACGACGAGGAGGCGGGCGAGUCAAGGGGCGCUGCGGACUUCGACGACGACGACUUCGACGCCCCUUUCAACCCACACCUGAAUCUCAAAGAUUUUGACGCCCUUAUUCUGGAUCUGGAGAGAGAGCUCUCCAAGCAGAUCAAUGUGUACCUGUGAGCCGGCAGGGCCCGGUUCCUGGUGGCCGAGGCAUUGCCCCGAUGUCAGAGGGCCAGGCGGAGGUCCUGGUUGCUAGGGAGUUGCCAAGGGACCAGCUCACCCACACUGAGGCUCAUUCCUGUUUCAGGUGCUCAGAUGGGCGCUGGUUACCAAGGCCCGGGCACCGCAGAUCUUAGGAACCAGCAGUUGUGACCAUCUUCCCUGAGCACCAAGGGUGUCUCUUCUUGCUGGCCGAAGGCGACAACUUCUCCCGCUUGCUAAGCUGGCCUCUCUUGCCAUCCCCUUUGGGGAAACACCAGUUACUGUGAGCAACCCCCUGGGGUGAUGAGACACCCCCUAGUCAGCCCCCUUGCUGCUGCCAACCAAAACAGUAUUCACUCUGAGCACUGCACUGUUUAGCCCUCCCUCGGAGGACCCAAGGACUAUCAUGAGGUGCCAUUUUUUGGGGGGGGGUUGGGUAGCCCCUAUCCUGGGCUCUCACUGCAUAGGAGCAGCCUGGGGCUUCUAGAAGAACAGCCAGGUUUCCCCACCCUCAUUUUCCAGGGAAGACCCCAUGAUUGGCUUCUCCAACCAGCAAUCUCCAUACGGCCAUUGGAGUCUGACCCUCCUCUCCCCGGCUCCCCCACCCCAUUCCUGAAAAAACUGAGCACUUAACCCCUCCCUUCCCGAGGGGCCCCACCUGAAGUCAGGCUGGGGACACUUUGGUACGGAAUAUAUUUAUUGUCCCCGUGCAUGUGUGUCUGUGUGUGAGGACCGUGUGUGUGGACACAUCUGGAACAGGUGGGGGGUGGGGGUGAUUCUUUCGGGGCCCACAGAGGGAGGAAAGAAUGCAGAACCCAGGCACUCCUAAAAUCCCCAGUCAUGAUGCCUCAGUGGGCCCCGGAGUUCCAGCAGGAGAGUAGGAUGCCCUCCUGUCUCCCUCUUUUCCUCACCUCCAUCUUUGCAGACAAUAAAUCAAUAUGCACAGAUUUGGGGACUCAGUCCUUGGGCCCACUUG